CGGCUUGGCGGCGGUACCAUGGGAGGCCCCGGGGGAAAGAUCAACCGUCCCCGCACGGUGACUGUGGAACUGAAGAAGAAGCUGUUCAAGCGCCGGCGGGUGUUGAAUCGGGAGCGGCGACUGAAGCACCAGGUGGUUGGGGCUGUGAUAGACGCAGGGCUGAUCACAAGGCACCAUCUCAAGAAGCGGGCGUCCAGUGCACGUGCCAACAUUACUUUGUCAGGGAAGAAGCGCAGGAAACUCCUUCAGCAGAUCCGCCUUACGCAGAAAGAGAAGGCAGCCAUGGAAGUGGAAGCUCCUUCAAAGCCAGCCAGGACUAGUGAAGCACAACCCAAACAGCAAAAGAAGACAAAAGCCCACCAGGACAUAGACAUGAAGGACCUUGAAGAUGAGAGCUAAAGUUCUUACCUCUUCUACCAGAAGUUUCUCAGCUGGAGCCAUAAGAAUUCCAGAGGUUGUUUCAGAGGACUUUGGAGAAAGCAUUACCCCUUUUCAGUUCUCCCCAGAUUCCUCUUCUAUAAUGGCCUACUGACCUUCCCUGUAGGGAUGUAUAAUGAGGAAAAAGGAUACAGAAGAAAAUUGGGGAGGGGCCUGUCUGGCGGUCAAUAUUUGUAAUAAAGCCCUAGAGCUCUGACUGA